AUGUUGGAGUCUCGAGGAAGCUUUCACCCAAAACCGCAGGAUCAUUACAAGUCGUUUGAGCAGAAGUUGCUCACCUACGACCUCUACAAAGGUUGUGUGGAGUCCCUCGCGAAAAUGCCUCGACAGGAGUUUGCCAAGGACGACUACCGACAUCGACUCAAGUUCGGCAGCUUCAUGGAGUCCGCUUUGCGGGGCUCCGUGGCCUGGCGAAACUGGCGGCGCCGCGAGAGCCGGAAGCGCAAAACCGAGGACACUCUCGGACAGGUUUCUGCCUUUUGA